CAGUGUGGUCGGAAAAAAUGAAUGUACUGUAAUUCAGUGGGUCUGUCGGAGAAACUGCCAGCGCCUAUGGACGACGCCCAGGAACAACACGUCCCCAUUAGGAACAAAUAAACCCCACGGGCGAGGCUUAUCCCGCUGGACUGGUCACCUAUGAUGGAACGGGCGAUGGAGCAGCUCAACGUACAGCUCAACCGGCUGACCCGUUCCCUCCGCCGGGCCAGGACCGUCGAACUACCGGAAGACAAUGAGACUGCAGUGUACACACUUAUGCCAAUGGUAAUGGCUGACCAGCACAGGUCAGUGUCAGAGUUGCUGCUCAAUUCCAAGUUUGAUGUAAACUACGCCUUUGGACGGGUGAAGAGAAGUUUACUGCACAUCGCUGCCAACUGUGGGUCAGUGGAGUGUCUGGUCCUGCUGCUGAAGAGAGGAGCCAACCCGAACUACCAGGACAUCUCAGGCUGUACCCCUCUGCACCUCGCUGCUAGGAACGGACAGAAGAAGUGUAUGGGCAGACUAUUGGAAUAUAAUGCUGAUGUGAACAUCUGCAACAAUGAGGGACUGACUGCAAUCCACUGGUUGGCAGUGAACGGGCGGACGGAGCUCCUCCAUGAUCUGGUCCAGCAUGUGUCCAAUGUGGAUGUGGAGGAUGCCAUGGGGCAGACAGCUCUACAUGUAGCCUGUCAGAACGGACACAAAACUACGGUGUUGUGUCUUCUGGACAGUGGAGCUGACAUUAACCGGCCAAAUGUCUCUGGAGCCACGCCUCUUUACUUUGCCUGCAGCCAUGGCCAAAGAGACACAGCACAGAUCCUGCUCUCUCGAGGUGCCAAAUACCUCGCUGACAAGAAUGGAAUCACUCCACUGGAUCUCUGUGUGCAGGGUGGAUAUGGGGAAACCUGUGAGAUCCUUAUCCAGCAUCACAACAGACUGUUCCUGACCCUCAUCCAGAUGACACAGAAUGAUGAUAUUAAAGAGAACAUGCUCAGGCAGGUUCUGGAGCAUGUCUCUCAGCAGAGUGACAGUCAUUACCAGAGGAUCUUGACCAGUCUUGCUGAAGUGGCUACCACCAAUGGACACAAGCUUCUCAGCCUGUCGAGCAGUUACGAGGCUCAGAUGAAGAGCCUGCUGAGAAUUGUUCGCAUUUUCUGCCAUGUGUUCCGCCUGGGGCCUUCAUCACCCAACAACGGCAAUGACAUGGGCUACAAUGGCAACAAGACGCCUCGCAGCCAGGUCUUUAAGCCUCUGGAGCUGCUGUGGCACUCGCUCGAUGAGUGGCUGGUGCUCAUCUCCACAGAGCUGGACAGGAACAGGAAGAACCCAUCCUCCUCCUCGUCCAGCAGCGAGAUAGCCUCUCUGUUUCUCAAACAGCGGGAGGCCGACCACUCCGGCUCUAUGCCAAAGCUCCCCUCUUUGCUGGACCCUCAGGUCGUCAUGGAAACUGAGGUGUACGCCGAUGGGGAGGACGUUAUAUCCAUGACAGCCAAUCGUCUCAGCGCUGUGAUUCAAGCCUUCUAUAUGUGCUGCUCCUGUCAGAUGCCACAAGGAAUGACGUCCCCUCGCUUCAUUGAGUUUGUCUGCAAGCAUGACGAGGUGCUCAAGUGUUUUGUAACCAGGAAUCCAAAGAUCAUCUUUAACCACUUCCACUUCCUCCUGGAGUGUCCAGAGUUGAUGUCACGCUUUAUGCAUAUUAUUAAGGGCCAGCCCUUCAAGGAUCGCUGUGAGUGGUUCUAUGAGCAUCUGCUGGCCGGCCAGCCAGACUCAGACAUGGUUCAUCGUCCAGUCAACGAGAACGACAUCCUGCUCAUCCACAGAGACUCCAUAUUCAGGAGUAGCUGUGAGAUGGUAUCCAAGUCCACCAACGAAAAACUCAAACAGGGUAUCGCUGUUCGCUUCCACGGCGAGGAGGGGAUGGGCCAGGGUGUGGUUCGGGAGUGGUUUGACAUCCUGUCCAAUGAGAUCAUCAACCCAGACUAUGCUCUGUUCACUCAGUCAGCUGAUGGUACCACGUUUCAGCCCAACAGCAACUCCUCAGUGAACCCAGACCACCUGAACUACUUCCGGUUCGCAGGUCAUAUCCUGGGGCUAGCUCUGUACCACCGGCAGCUGGUCAAUAUCUACUUCACCCGCUCCUUCUACAAACACAUUCUGGGUAUCCCUGUGAACUAUCAGGACGUGUCGUCCAUCGAUCCAGAGUAUGCUAAGAACCUGCAGUGGAUUCUGGACAACGACAUCAGUGAUCUGGGUCUGGAGCUCACCUUCUCUGUAGAGACAGAUGUGUUCGGGGCGAUGGAGGAAGUGCCACUCAAACCUGGAGGUACCAGCAUCCUGGUUACCCAGGACAACAAGGCUGAGUAUGUCCAGCUGGUGACAGAGCUGAGGAUGACGCGAGCCAUCCAGCCUCAGAUAAACGCCUUCCUGCACGGAUUCCACACCUUCAUCCCUGCCUCGCUCAUCCAGCUUUUCGACGAAUACGAAUUGGAGCUCCUGCUGUCGGGGAUGCCAGAGAUCGAUGUGCGGGAUUGGUGCAGGAACACUGAGUACACCAGUGGCUACGACUCCCAGGAGCCAGUCAUCCAGUGGUUCUGGGAGGUGGUGAAAAACCUGACCCAGGAGGAACGGGUUCUUCUGCUUCAGUUUGUCACUGGAAGUUCCAGGGUUCCUCAUGGUGGAUUUGCCUUCCUAAUGGGUGGCAGCGGUUUACAGAAGUUCACCGUUGCUGCAGUGCCGUACACCUCCAACCUGCUGCCUACCUCUAGUACCUGUAUCAACAUGCUGAAACUCCCAGAGUACCCAAGCCAGGAGGUCCUGAGAGACCGGCUGCUGGUAGCACUGCAUUGUGGAAGCUACGGGUACACCAUGGCAUAAACAUCAUAUCAGUUCCUGCUGCUGUGAAGGUCUGCAGACUCAUGCAACACUCUAACCUCCUCCACUUACACUCUGUUAGUAGUCAGGCACUGCUUUUGCUGGACAUAAAAGGGAAAUCCAGAUUCUUGUAAAUGAGCUGCUGGAGAGGCACAACAGACUGUACAGAGACCACAUCCUCUGCAUCGCCACUCAUACCUGUGCCAGGACUUUUAUUUUUUUGAUUGAAGCUGGUCGUUUAUGCAAAUAAUAAUUCAACAUCUUAAAAUUUGACUAUUUUCAUGUGCACGUUCAUUUAAAAAAACACAGCAUUUAUACCAAGAAUUCUCUACUUAAUAAGCACUAUAAAACAUAUUCAUGCAAGCUUACUGAAUGUCAGAUAUCGACUGAAUGGAAGCCGUGUGGAAUCGAUCAGUUUCAAACAUGCAAUUAAUCAAAGUGCAUCAUAUCCAUAUAAGUGUAGAUUACUUUAAAGGGGCAACAUCAGGCCCAACUAUCAGCAUACUGGUAUAAUAGAAUAAAUCUUCAAUUUGUUUUUACCUCAGUUUAAGUUUUAAGACUUUUAUGUGUUUUUUCUUUUUUUUUUUCUUGUGUUCAUCUCUUUAUUUGAACAGUUCUUGUCUUUUGGACCAGUAGCUCUACUCUGAACUACCAAAACCACUGACUGUCAGGGCUGCGUAUCAUCAGACGUAUAAGAUUCCAGUGCCAAUGGGGUACAUGAUUUUUUGAUACCUUAUUGCACUGUGAAGAAACCAAAAUCUCUUUUAUUAAUCAAAAUAAGCCAAACUUACCAGAUUCUUCAUUGUUUGAAAUAUAUUGUAAAAACAAUGUACUUAUGGCCAAAAGUAAGCAAAUCGCCUACAUUCCAGUCAUAUGUGAGAGUUGUCCAGAACCAUUGGCAUCAAUGUGCUGUUACAACAUCCUCUACUAUUCUGCCUUCAGUCGUCCACCAGAUGUUGAACCUGGCUGCAUGGAUUUGCUCCCAUAUAGACAUGAGAGCAUUUGUGUGGUCCAACACCGAUGUUGGCUGAUAGGCCUGGCUCACAGUCGAUGUUUCAGUUCAUCCCAAAGAUGUUGGAUGGGGCUGAGGUCAGGAUCCUGUGCAAUUCGGUCAAGUUCUUCUAGACCAAAGUGGAGAAAAACCAUUUGUUUAUGGAGUUGGCUUUUUGCAUGUUUAAACAGGAAAGGCCCAAACACCAACUGCUGGCACAAAGGUGGAAGAAUGCUAUUGUGUGAAAUAAUACUGUAUAUUGUAGCCUUAACAUUUACCAUCAUAGGAACUAAGGGGCCCUGACCAUGAGAAAUAGUGUAUAUAAAAAACCUGAACCGGGAUGAAAAAAAUAAUGUCAUCAGUGCUAAAAAUUUGAGCAUAAUACAGUUUACUUAUCUACAGCAGACUGAAGGCAUCAGACACUGUUCCAGUAUGAGCUGCUCUGCCCUAAAGUGGAAACACACAUUUACUGUUUGUGUUUCCAUACAAAUUACAAAUGUACUACAUUGAUAUCCUGCUUUUCUAGCGCUUUGCAACACAAGUCAGCGUUCACCCAUUCACACACACAUUCAUACACUGCUGGCAGAGACUACCAUGCAUGGUGCCCCUGCUCACCAGGAGUCAUAACCACGACCUUUACCUGCUACUCUUUUUUUGACGUUUUCCUUUUUUCACAACGAGUCGAUAUUAGCCAUGUGUGACUUCAGUUGUCUGUCCGUUUACAAAACAAAUUAACAUUUGGGAGGACUCAAAACUAGUUAGCCUAGCUUUGAAGCUAGUUAGCCUAGCUUUUUAACUGCUGAUUCCCAUUACACGUUUUUGAUCAGGUUAUUUCAACAGCUGCUGAGUUAUUGGCAGCAUUAGCUGUCUCUCUUUCAUGGGUCCAGAUGUGGUGAUGGAAAAUGACCGGACCCGUUACUCAGGGUUUGUAGCACAAAAUUCUGGGCCUUGUACAUAGGCGUUCUCUGUGGGCCCCUCCCCGCAUCCAUGGUUAUUAUUUUAUUGUUUUUGUGGGCCCUCCUCACAUGAGUCCUGUAUACGUAGUCCCCUUUGUCCCCCAGUCCUUCACCCCUGCAGUUACUCAGUGGGUGCAAGACUGGCUGCUAGUUAAUCACGUCAAGUCGAGCAGCCUGUUUUUUGUGUUUUAGGGUAAAUUUGGGGACUAAUUAAAACAAAUAACACAGGAUUGUUAUAGGCUGGUUCCACUCUUUCUAGUCUAAAUAUAUUUGAAUUACUACUGUUAGAUGAACAAAAACAUAAAGGAUUCAGUAUUUCUCCACCAGAAUUGCAGUCCUGUGUCUGUAAAGAGGGAUGAAAAGAGCAUUUAGACUUUCAUAUUAAUACAGUUACAGAAAAUGCAAAUGAACAGUUAACGGGAUGUGGAUUCAUGGCUACGCUCCUGUGCAUAUCCACACAGAUAUAACAAUGUCAUGCCCACUUUUUGACCACAGAAGCAGUAAUAUUGAUGCCUUUAUUAGUUUCAAUCUCAUUUGGACUUCUUGUCCAUCAUUGUCCGUUUAUCCAUUUAUUUGAGACUUAUCCAGCUGUGAUGGAAUGUGUAUUUGCAGAAGAGAAAUUGCAGUGUAACAACAUUUAUAGAGGUAUUGGACAGACUGUAUGGCUGAAGUGUUUUCCUUUGUCGGCAUAGCUGCAUGAACACGCCCCUCCAUCCCUGUAGCAUGAAAACAUCAUGCUCAUCAUCAUCAUCCUCGUAUAGUUUACUAUGUGAAAUGCUUUGUCAUUUUUGAAGCCAGUUUUUUUGCUGUGAUCUGUAUUGUGCUUCAUGAAUGAAUAGCAAUCUUCUUUAGCUUCCUUUUUGUUUUUUCCCUGUUUAGGAGACAUUCACAAGGAGCAAUACAGGUUAUGUUCAUGCCAAAAAGCUGGAAUCCUUAUUGCUUUGUUUUUUAUAUAUUUUUGCCUACACAGCAUGCUUAAAAUAUGUUUUUAUUCUAAAAGAGAUGGGGAUCAUAUAUUGACGUUUCCCCUCUUUCCAUUUGUAAAGGGAGAGAACGUAUUGGUUUGAUAUUUCAUAUUAUCUUUCAGCAUUGUUUUGAAUCCUUUGCCUGAAAUGCUUUUGUAAACUGAUGCCAAUGUGUAUUGAAAACAAGAGCCUUUAUACAUAUUUCUGUAAAUGUCAUAAGUAUCAAAUGGUGUGUUUUACCAUAAAUAUAUGUUGUGCUGAGAUAUUUUAUCCAAUAAAACUUGUUUUG